UACUAUCAACCUCUCUUCCACUGAACUACAGGAGAUCAUAGCUCAGGCUGUUCGUAUGGUUGGUAAUGCAUCUCUUUCCACUGCCUUAUCUGUUCUACCUGGAUCCGAGGACGGGGCAGGAGCUUGGGACCGGUCCUAGAGUUGGGCGUAUGUUUCCCGUGAACAAUCUUCAUCUUCCACCUGUUGCUCCUGUUUCUGUUGCUGCUGCAACAGCUGCAGUUUCUUCCUUACCUUCUCUUGCGCUUUGGCAUUCUCGUCUUGGUCAUGCACCAUCUUCUCGGGUACAACAGUUAGUGUCUAGAGGUCUGUUGGGUUCUGUGUCUAAAGACAAUUUUGAUUGCACUUCAUGUCAGUUAGGAAAACAACCACCUUUGCCUUUCAAUAACAGUGACUCCAUUUCUAAAAGUACCUCUCAGCAAAAUGGUCGAGCCGAAAGAAAACUUCGUCAUAUUCUUGACACUGUUCGUGCUUUACUUCUUUCUACCAAAAUUCCUGCCCCAUUUUGGGGUGAAGCCAGUCUUCAUGCUGUUCAUGCAAUUAACCGCAUUCCAAGUACUGUCAUCCAUAAUCAGACUCCGUAUGAGCGUCUCUUUGGGUCACCCCUUAACUAUCAUCACCUUCGCUUCUUUGGAUCCGCUUGUUUUGUUCUUCUUCAGCCUCAUGAGCACAACAAACUUGAGCCUCGAUCUAGACUCUGUUGUUUUCUUGGUUAUGGCGAAACUCAAAAGGGGUAUAGGUGUUAUGAUCCUGUUUCUCAUCGUCUUCGCGUUUCUCGUAAUGUUGUCUUUUGGGAACAUCGAUUGUUUGUUGAACUCUCUCACUUUCGUUCUUCCUUGACUAACUCCUCUGUUUUAGAAAUCUUUCCCGAUGAGUCUCUUGUUCCUUCUGCAAAUACUUUUGAUCUUCAUUUAGACUUCUCUCCAGAUAUCUUUGAUGCUUCUCCUAGACAGGUUGCAGAUGAACAGAUUAUUCACGAGCUACCCCACUUUGAGCCUGGGUCCCCUGCUCCUGCUCUGCCUGAAGAUCCUCCACAAGACAUUCCACCUCGCCACUCAACCCGGGUAAGAUCCAUUCCUCCACACCUCCUUGACUAUCAUUGUUACACUGCCCUUGCUACACUUCACGAGCCUCAAACCUAUCGUGAAGCCUCUACUGACCCUUUAUGGCAGAUUGCAAUGAAAGAGGAACUUGAUGCAUUAACCAAAAACCAUACUUGGGACCUGGUUACUCUCCCUCCUGGACAGUCUGUGGUUGGUUGUAAGUGGAUCUAUAAGAUCAAGACUCGCUCUGAUGGAUCCGUUGAGCGCUAUAAGGCUCGUCUUGUUGCCAAAGGUUUUACACAAGAGUAUGGGAUUGAUUAUGAAGAGACGUUUGCUCCAGUUGCUCGUAUCUCAUCUGUUUGUGCUCUCUUAGCUGUUGCUGCUGCUCGUAAAUGGGAUCUUUUUCAGAUGGAUGUUAAAAAUGCCUUCCUUAAUGGGGAUCUGAGUGAAGAAGUCUAUAUGCAACCUCCUCCUGGUCUCUCUAUUGAAUCAAACAAGGUUUGUCAUCUUCGACGUGCACUUUAUGGUCUCAAACAAGCCCCAUGUGCUUGGUUUGCCAAGUUCAGCUCCAUUAUUUUUCGCUUGGGUUACACCGCCAGUCCAUAUGAUUCUGCCUUAUUUCUUCGUCGUACUGAUAAAGGCACUAUUUUGCUUCUUCUCUAUGUGGAUGAUAUGAUCAUAACUGGUGAUGACCUUAGUGGCAUUCAAGAACUCAAGGAUUUUCUCAGUCAGCAGUUUGAGAUGAAAGAUCUUGGACAUCUCAGCUAUUUCUUGGGUCUUGAAAUUACUCAUUCCACAGAUGGUCUUUAUAUUUCUCAAGCCAAGUAUGCUUCUAACCUGUUGUCUCAAGCUAGGCUCAUUGACAACAAAACAGUUGACACUCCAGUUGAACUUAAUGCGCAUCUGACACCCUUGGGGGGGAAACCAUUGUCUAAUCCUUCUCUUUACAGACGAUUGGUUGGCAGCUUAGUUUACCUCACAGUUACUCUUCCAGACAUCUCCUAUGUUGUUCAUCAGGUGAGCCAGUAUUUGUCUGCUCCACGAUCAACUCACUAUGCUGUUGUUCUGCGCAUUCUUCGAUACCUGAAGGGUACCCUUUUUCAUGGCCUUUUCUACUCAGCCCAGUCUCCUCUUGUACUCCGUGCAUUCUCAGAUGCUGAUUGGGCAGGAGAUCCUACUGAUCGCAGGUCCACUAUAGGUUAUUGCUUCCUCCUUGGUUCUUCUUUGAUUUCUUGGCGAAGUAAGAAACAAACCUUUGUGGCCCACUCCAGUACUGAAGCAGAAUAUCGUGCCCUUGCUGAUACCACAUCUGAGCUCCUUUGGCUAAGAUGGCUCCUUAAGGAUUUGGGUGUAUCCACCUCCUCUGCUACUCCUCUUUAUUGUGACAACCAGAGUGCUAUUCAUAUUGCUCACAAUGAUGUCUUUCAUGAACGGACUAAACACAUCGAGAUUGAUUGUCAUUUUAUCCGUUAUCAUCUUCUCCAUGGUGCUCUUAAGCUUUUCUCCGUCUCCUCCAAAGAUCAACUUGCAGAUAUCUUCACUAAGUCUCUUCCUAAGAGACGCACUCGUGAUUUAGUUGACAACCUCAAGUUGGUCUCACAUCCACCUUGAAGUUGAGGGGGGCUGUUAAAGUAUAUUGUAU